AAUCGCGAUUGUAAGAAGAUGGAGCAAAGCGAAAAGAUGGCAAGUUGAUUGUGGCCGAGUACGCGAUACUGUUCGGUUGGAAUAUGCGUGAGCGCGAUCGCGUCUUCGUCGUCGUCUUCGCUUUGGUUUCGGUGGUUACUGGUUUUCGUGCUGCUGGCGCGUUUGCUUUCUGCUUCGGUUUUCGCAGUUCGCUUCGAUUUUGAUCGCAUCUCGCUGACUAAAAUUUGAAUUAGAAUUUUUUUUUCUUAAACUUUUACUUGUACUUGUAGGUGUAGGUAGACGCGAUACUACGAGGAGUUGGUGCGCGAGUGUCGCGUGUGCACGGCGGUACUUGCUUUUGGGUACUUAGCUAUAUUGUCGGGUAAUCAUCCGGCCGCCAUAUGUUCUACGAAAUAAAAGACAAACGCGUCGAAAGCGGCACACAGACUAGAUGGUGGCUAACAGCGGCUUUCUGCGGGGUCGUCAUCACCGCUGGUUUUAUCGGUAUCAUUUUUUGGCUAGGAAUUUCAGUGCGACAACCUGAUCCUCCGAAUUACGAACGACGACCGUCGUCGUUGCGCGAAUAUCAGCAGCGUGGUAAAAUUUCAAAACCUCCGGCACCGACUCAGGCUCCGGCGACGCCACCUCCGUACCAGCCUCAAAUCGAGUACCCGACCGCCGAGAUUUUAAAAACAACCAUUAAACAUAAAAAGGGACGCAUCGAAAUGGUGGACAACGGAGCGUCUUCUGCAAAUGCCAAGAGCAAUUCGAGCCGAGACACGGACGAGUAUGCGGAAAACGAUUCCCCGGAUGCGCAACUUCGUUCGAAAAUCGCCAAGUUAUCGUCGAUACAAGAAUACGAGGACGGUGAUGGGGAUGGUGAAAGCGACCAUGAAAUCCGCCUCAAGGGUGGAAUCAGCCCGCUCGAAGAAAUUCCACCGAUGAAUACCGGCGCCGCGGUUUCCAGCGACCAUCAUAGUAAUUCGGUGAAGAAAAAAAGCGAAGCCGUAUUGCCCAGUUGGUACGAUCCGAAUUUACACGUCGUCGAUUCCUCCUCCUUGUCCUCGUCUUCGUCGUCUAAGAUGGAACCUUUGAACGAUCUCAAGCAAGCCGAUACGGUGUACGAUUUGCCCGAUUUCUCUGUUAUUAAACCAGACUUGAGCGCAUUCAACACGAAAACCAUUCCAGCUUUUACGUAUCUGAAAGAGCCGUUGCCUCAGUUCGAAAAUGUCCCCGCAACCAGCUCGGACAUGGGCAACGUUGACGAUUCGUUGUACUACCACGAUCACGACCGCGACCACCAUCAUCACCAUCCUCCUCAUCAUCAUCAUCAUCAUGGUCAGCCAAAUCGCCAUCAACAAUCCUCCCCAUCGUCGUCAAAUUCCGCACUGGGUGCAGACGUGAACGAAAACAUUGUAAGUGGUUCAGCGACAACCGGUGCCGCCAAAGAUGACAACUCGCUGAUGAACUUCCUUCAAAAAAGACUGCAAAGCAUGCACGAUUGGCUUCUGUACGGCAGCAAGCGAAACCGUUCUGUCGACGUCAUGGAGAUCGUGAAAAUGGUGAAUAAUUCGCUGCAAACGAAAAACGUGGGCGCCAUUUUUUCCAAAUUCAAAGACCUGUACGUCGGUUUGAACACGAGCGAUGUACAAAACAUGCCCGUGGCCAAUUUGUUGUAUCCGACUAGUCCUUCGCUGUUGAACAACAGCACAAGCCUGGUAUCUUUCGGCCUGCUGGCCAUCGACUUGUUCCUUUUGCACAACGUACAGCAAAUCGUGUGGAACGAAGAGUCGAAAAUCGGCGAAGAAAUGCUCAAAGAUCCGGAUGUGGUGGCUCUGAACGCGUUGUUCAUGUCUCCGGACCGAGUGCAGCAGCUUAGGCAAACCAAUUCGCGCAAAAUCCUUACCGACGAUGAAGGCGACAGCGGCAAGCAACAGAAAAAAGGCAAAGGCGGUGUCGUGCACGAUUUACUCGAAUUCAUCAACGGUGGUCUUAGAGCCGUUUUGAACCUCAGCAGAGCGUACAAGAGCAGCGUCGGCGGCGGCAGCGGUAAAUCCAAUAACGCCAGGAGCACAUCCAACGGCUCCACAUUGGAUUGCAUAUGGACGUUGUACUGUAGAAAUUUAGAUAAAACUGCCAAGUUACAAGGACCGUACGGAUUUUUGGCCAAAAUGAACAGCUUGGGCCUCAGACUGAUGAUGGGAGAAUUUCCGGCCGAAAAAGCCCUAGAUCGCUUGAUGAAAGAAUACAACAGUGGCUGGGGUCCGUUAGACUGCGAUAAAUUAUUUCCCAGAUGUAACGCCGAAGAAGCUAAAGAAAUCGUUAUACAAACCGCUCUGGGAAGAUCGACAAUUUAAAUUCAUCGUCAACGGAUCUCGUCAAUUUUCGACCGCUUUACAAUUAGGCAUCGAAAAUCAUCACUUUUAUUAUUCUAGUUCGUGUCCGCGUCCACGGUGGAUAAUACAGAGUACCGUACACUCUAAUAAUUUGCUGUCGCAAAAUAUAUCUACCCGUGUACAACGGUAAGUAUAGCAUCUGACCGACAAUUCAGACACCAAAAAAGAAGAAAUUUUACCGUCGAUGACAACAAAAAGACUGAAUUAGAUGUGCAAACUUUCGACUCGACGAUUAAUUAAUAAUUACCUACCAAUUAGGUAUACCUAUUCCUAGAUACGUUUACAUAGAGCGCAGUGCACUGCUCAAAGAUAUUCGUAUCGAGCAGCGAGCACUCUCAGACAAUUUUUUGUUGACAAAAAUCCAAAAAUACAUGUAUGUACCUACCUACCUGAGGUAAGUAAGCUGGUCACUGUGAUUGGAGCAUACCUACGCUUACGAGUAUUCCACGUUGCCAACGUACUUUUGUGAUCAAAAAAAUUUGCUGUGGGGUGCACGUACGAGUCUCUAUGCGUAGGUAUUGCGGCGUAUUUUUCAUUUUGUAUUUUUGUAAACGGGUACUUACGAGGUAUUCAUCUGUUGCACUUUCUUCCAAUAUUAUGCUAUACGUAUACGUGGACCAAAAAUCAAAGCGAAAAUGAUUUCAAAACGUAUCCUCGAGAUUAUUUUAUUCCUUUUUUUUCAAAUUUGUACGUAUGUAGGUAUAUCUAUGGACGAAAAAUAGUGAUCAGCAAGAUACGUGAAUCGCCCUCGCGACUUAAUUAGUACCCGUUUAUAGCCCCGACCUACCCUUGAAUACUUGGGCGCUUGUAUGUAAACGCCUCGCCUGAUACUGAUCGUGUUUUGUUUUUAUUUUUGUUUUCGUUUUGUUUGUUUGUUUUUUAAACGCAUUUUUAUGUAUUAGUUAUUAUGUAUGUAGGAGUUAAUAAUUUAUUAUUGUUGUUGUUCGAUACGUACCUAUGUAAGUGUUUGCUUAAUAAAGAGUUACGUAAGUUGUUGUUUGAAUACUAGGCGAGUGUGUUCGCUGUUGAUGGAUUUUAAAAAUACAGGGUGACCACGUAAA